GUAGCCGCGCGUCUGGGCGCUACGCGGGCCCCUCGAUAACUCGUACGCACCGUUAAUCAUAUUUUACGCGCCAUAAACAAUUUAUUACAGAUUUUUUUCAUAAAAUCCUUUUGUUCGUGUGGCUAUUUAUAGUUGCUGUAAAAAUGGAAUCGGUCCACGGACACAAAAAGCUGCUUUAGUAUUUUUUUUGGUCGAUUAAUUUAACUGUGAAGUAUCGGAAACCACCAUGUCCAGUUAUGGCAUAUGCUUUUGGAUGACAGUGUCGAUUUUUUAUACAGGUGUAUGGUCAUGUGACGUGGAGUACCAGCUGAUCCAGCACCUGAUGGGCAAGUACGACUCGUCGGUGCGACCCGUGGAGAACUCCUCUCACCCCCUGCUCGUCACAUUCGGGGUCUCCCUACAUCACAUCAUAGAUGUUGAAGAGAAGGAUCAGCUGCUGACGACAAACUGCUGGAUCACACAGAUCUGGACCGACCACCAUUUGCGAUGGAACACCAGCGAGUUCGACGGCAUCAGCGUUAUCAGAAUACCAUACGAGAGGGUCUGGAGACCCGAUAUCAUACUGUAUAAUAACGCAGAUCCCAACUACCGUUCGGCCGUGAUCAACACCAACGUGAUAGUGAAGAGCACGGGCGAGGUGACGUGGCUGAGUCACGGGAUCUACGUGUCCGUCUGCGACAUCAACGUCGAGCAGUUCCCCUUCGACGUCCAGCUGUGCACCAUGAAGUGGGCUUCGUGGACCUACGAUGGAUUCCAGCUAGACCUGAAGAAGCAGUUCGACGAGGGCGACACGACGAACUAUCAGACGAACGGCGAGUUCGACCUCGUCAGCUUCGAGGCGAUCCGCCACAACCAGUAUUACUCGUGCUGCGUGGAGCCCUACCCGGACAUUACGUACGUCAUCAAGCUGCGCCGCCGGCCCAUGUUCUACGUCUUCAACCUCAUACUACCCUGCCUACUCAUUAACGGGAUCGCUCUCCUCGUAUUUUACGUGCCAUCGGAGUCUGGUGAGAAAGUAACACUGGGGAUCAGCGCGCUCCUCUCCAUGACAGUAUUUCUCAUGACAAUACGAGACACGCUGCCGCCGACUGAAAAGACGCCGUUGAUAAGUCUCUAUUACGGUGUGAGCACGUGCCUGGUGUCUUUCUCCGCUUCGCUGUCCGUGGUCACAUUGAACAUAUCAUACAGAGGAGUGAGAGGGCAGCCGGUGCCGGCGUUCCUCCGGGAGCUCGUGCUGCAGCGCCUCGCCAAACUACUUUUCAUUAACCUCGACACUGACGCCAAGAGUGAAAACGGUGCGGGAGGAGGCGCGGCCAUGCCGGUGAACCCGCGGACGGGCUCGCGGCUGAAGGCGGAGGUGCAGCGCGACAGCCCGGAGUCUCCCGCCUCGCCACGUUUCAUCCGUCAGAACCAUAACCAUCUCACUCGCGGAAACUCGUGCUCAGGCGGCAGCACAGUAUCUAGCGAGACAGUUGCGUGCGCGCCCGCACCGAGCGCGUCGGCAACUGCGUGCGUGCGCACACAGUGCGCGUCGGCAUGCGCGUGCGUGCGUACAACGUGCGCGUCGGCAUGCGCGUGCGUGCGUCCACCUUGCGCGUCGGGGUGUGCGUGUGUGCGUACGUGUUGCGCGAGCGCGUUGCGAGACGCGGCCGCGCGACACGAGUUGCGCGUCGCCGCCACCGACCGCCUCGAGCGGGCGAAUCUCGAGUGGAAACAGGUUGCCGUCGUCGCGGACCGCGCUCUGCUCGCAGUAUUUGUGCUGGUGACUACAAUAGCGACAGCAGCUAUUCUGCUGCCGCAACUCAACAACCUGCACGUGGGAAACACGCCCUUAAAACCACCCUCGUAAGUUCUAUAUUACCUUCGCGGGAAACGGAGCUCAACGAUAAAUUGAAACGUUAUUUCGUACGAAUACGGGUAACAAGUAGAUGUAAAACAAAAGACGAGUGUUCCACUUAUGUUGUUAUGUUUUUUUUAUUUUCGAUGCAUAUUUCGUAAUAAUGAAAUCUUGUGAUUAUUGUAUAGUUACUUGAAUUUUAAAAUGAAUAAUGGGAAUAUGUU